UCCUAGCACCGCCCUACUGCUUUUCCAGAAACUUCCGCUUCCGCUUCUUAAAAAGAACAGAACACAAAAACACACUUUCUAAAAGUAAACAAGUUCCCUCGUUCCCUUUUCUCCCAGUUUUACUAUUAAUUAAAAUAAAAAGAAAAUGUUCAAGAAGGCUAUUGAGGCAAAAUCUCACCAGAGACUCUCUGGAGCCGACCGGAAAAAGCUCAAACGAACUAUCAGAGACCGCUUUCCUCGCGCCUCCGAUGCAGAUAUAGAUGCUUUGCUCCCUCCCAAAGCGGAAAUUACUGUUUCAAAGUUUGUAAAUAGGGUUCAUUUAUAUGGUGUUGAAGGUAGCUUUCCUAUGUUUUUCGAUGUUGAUGGCCGAGGCUCUGAAUUUUUCCCCACAGUUUUUGCCCUCUGGAAGGUCCCUGAGAUGUUGCCUUCUUUCAUUCUGAAAGGGGGUGAGGUAUCUCAAUUUGUCAUUGGAGGAGCAGAUCUGAUGUUUCCUGGUAUCAGUAUACCUGCUGAAGGUCUUCCUUCUUUUCUAGUAGGUGAGCCAUGGGCUGUAAAAGUUCCUGGGAAUCCAGCACCUAUUGCCGUUGGGUCUACCACUAUGAGCACUGCUGAAGCCUUGAAGGCUGGUUUGCGCGGAAAGGCCUUACGGAUAACUCACUAUUAUCGAGAUUUACUUUGGGAGUCAGUUGAGGGACAUUAUGUGCCAAAUGCAGGUUUCCAUGAAGAUGUUGUCUUUGAGGAUCCUGUAUUCUUAUCAUCUGCCCAGGUUCCUGAUUCAUGUGAAGGUUCUGGUGAUUCUUCAAAUCAUGAGAAUGAUGGUGUUGACAGCAAAGAAGUUGGGGAAUCUGCUGAUGUAAAAGAUCCCACAUCAGACAGUCAUCCCACUUCCAAGACACAACUUGAUUCUGAUGCUGAUACUGUAGAACAAGUAACAAAAGCUGUAAGUGGUUUUAAGGUUACGGAUAAUAUUGCUACUGAUGAAUCCACCACUGUUGUUGAAGAACAGCAUGCUUUGUCUGCUGAAGACGUAGAUGCUUAUUUGGACAAAUGUCUUUUGCAAGCCCUGCAUACAACUGUCAAUGACAAAGAUCUUCCAAUGCCAGGAAGCACUUUAUGGUCCAACCAUGUAUUACCUUGUAGGCCUUCAGGUAUCACACUAGAUAUCAAAAAAUCAUCACACAAGAAAUUGUCCAAGUGGUUACAAGCUAAAUCAUCUGCAGGAUUGAUUUCAGUAAAAGAAGACAAAUAUAAAAAGGAAACUGUCUUAUUUUCUGUGAACCGCAGUCACCUAGACUACCUAUCCUUCAAACCAGAAAGAAGGCAGGAGCAGAAGGUUGAUCAGGGUGGUGAUCAGGCUGUUAAAGAAACCCGAUCACCAAAACUGCUUGAAGUGUCCGAGAUUUAUAAACCAAGUGUACAUGUCAAUCCCAUUUUUGCUUCUGUUGGAGCUGAUACUGGGAAGCUAUACAGUGCUUCAGAAGCCUCUGAUGUUGUAUUCAAGUACAUUGAAAAAGGACAUCUGGUAAAGACAAUGAACAAGUCCAUUGUGGUUCUGGAUCCAACCUUAUGUGAUGCUUUGUUCAAGGGAGCUAUCAAGAAAGGAUCAGCAUACCCGACUGAGAUUCAUAAGAAAGAUUUAGGAUCUACAUUUGUAAGCCGGAUGCAGGCCCACCACGUUGUAACCAGAGGAAGUGAAUCAGUUGUUCGUAAAGGUUCAGUGAGAACAAUUCAGAUAAUGACUGAAAGACGUCAAGGUAACAAGAAGGUGACGAAACUCUCAGGCAUGGAAACAUUCUUGAUGGACGCUGAUGCAUUAGCGUCAGAACUGCAGAAAAAGUUUGCUUGUAGUACAUCAGUGUCAGAGUUACCAGGUAAGAAAGGGCAUGAGGUUCUUAUUCAAGGUGGUGUAAUUGAUGAUGUGGCAAGACAUCUGGUUGAACAGUAUGGGGUGCCCAAAAGAUAUAUUGAAAUUCUUGAUAAAACUAAAAAAUAAGAUGUGAUUAUCGGAGUGAAAUUGUAAUGCAUGCUGUGGUUUUAUGUUUUUUUGUUUCCUUCUAUGUUGUCAUGGAGGCCUAUGCAUGUACAAUUGCUAACUUGUUCCUUGUCUUGAUAUGUACUUACGUGUAUUCUACCAAGUUUACCCUUGAGAGAAUAAAUCUAUUUAUACUGAGAAGUCCUUGCCAGAUAGGCUGCUGAAAGAUAACCAUUAGAUUAGCAGGCCCAAUCUAAGUGGGACCUUUUUGGGAAGCCUAUAAGGUGAGUCCUACCAUUUUUACCCUGGAAUUCAGGAAAAAUACCUUGGAAGAUUCAGAUAAGUCUUUCUAUAUUUCAAAUUAUGGCCAGCUUGCAUUGUGGUUGUAAAGCGGUCAUUAUUGCCAAAUAUAAUGUGUAGGCAUGUUUAUGUACUGAGUAGCUAACUAUUUUAAAGGUGUUGAGGCUUGAUGGCACACCUUUUUUGGUUUA